AUGGCGCUUUGGGUUGAUAAAUACCGACCGAAACAGCUUCUGGGAAAGGAUGGAGUUGAUUUUCAUCACGAACAAGCAUCCCACUUGAAAUAUUUGGUUGCCGGUAACAGUAUGCCACAUUUGCUUUUCUGCGGACCUAGUGGAGCUGGAAAAAAGACGAGAAUUAAGUGUCUCUUGAGAGAACUUUAUGGCUCUGGAGCCGAUCGUACACAACUCCUUAUGAAGCAAUUCACGUCACCAACUAAUCGAAAAUUAGAAAUUCAGACAGUAUCGAGCAAUUAUCACAUUGAAUUGACACCCUCCGAUGUUGGAAUCUACGAUCGGGUCGUGGUUCAAGACAUCGUCAAAGAGAUGGCCCAGACUGCCCAAAUCGACUCGACCUCACAGAAAUCGUUCAAAGUGGUGAUACUGUGUGAGGCGGACUCGCUGACGCGAGAUGCCCAGCACGGUCUGCGAAGAACGAUGGAGAAGUACGCUAGCAACUGCCGAAUCAUUCUGUGCUGUGAAUCGCUGUCGCGUAUUAUUGAUCCUCUUCAAUCGCGAUGCAUUGUGAUCAACGUGCCGGCACCGAGUGACGAGGAGAUCGCCGGAAUUGUUAGAGGGGUGUGCUCGCAGGAGAAGGUUGAGAUUCCUGAGAAUAUUGUUCAACAGGUUGUCGAAAAAUCAGAAGGGAACCUACGACGAGCUCUUUUGAUGGUUGAAUGUACUCGAAUGCAGAAUGACAAUGGUGCGAUCACGUCGGAUUCGAAGGUGGUGAUGCCGGAAUGGGAGCAAUAUCUUCAAGAAACAGCGAAAAUGAUUCUGCAGAAACAGUCGAAUGAUAUGAUUUUGAAAGUUAGAGAACGCAUUUAUGAGAUAUUGUCGAGAUGUAUGCCGCCGAAUUUGAUUUUUAAUAAAUUGCUUGAUUUCCUUCUGCCGAAUUGCGCCGACUCGAUCGUCGGCGAAGUCGUGGCAGAAGCGGCGAAAUUCGAGCACAGACUCGUUCUAGGCCAGCACUCGAAGGCAAUAUUCCAUCUUGAGGCUUUUGUUGUCGCAUUUAUGGAUAUUUAUUUAACACAUUUGUCGAAGCCCAAGUGA